UCCCCUUAUUUGCUAGCACUAUAUUAUUCCAGCUUUGUGUGAGUGAAUCUCUCUCUCUCUCUUCAAUUCCCAUAGCCAAAUAGUAUCAUUUUGUAUAGGAGAAGAAGAAAAAGAAGCGGCCAUUAUAUUAUAAUCAAGAUAAAGAGGUUGUUUUGGCCUGGAAAAUGGGCUUGAAUUUCAAGGAAACUGAACUAUGUUUGGGGCUGCCUGGUGGUGGAGAAUUAUUAAGAGAUCAGACUAUUAAGAAAAGAGGGUUUUCUGAGACUGUUGAUCUCAAACUCAACCUUCAGUCCACUGAUUCUCCUGCCACAAAGGAUCAAAAGAUGAACAAUUCUCCAAAGGAAACUUCUUGCAUCAAGGACUCAGUCAAGCCACCAUCUAAGGCUCAAGUGGUGGGUUGGCCACCAGUGAGAUCUUUCAGAAAGAAUGUAAUGGCUCAAAAAGACAACAAUAAUAAAGAAAAAAGUGACAAGGGCGGAAGCAGUAGCAGCGUAGCAUUUGUGAAGGUGUCCAUGGAUGGUGCACCUUAUCUUCGUAAGGUAGAUUUGAAGAUGUACAGAAGUUACCAACAACUCUCUGAUUCUUUGGCCAACAUGUUCAGCUCCUUUACUAUGGGUAAUUAUGGGGCCGAUGGAAUGAUAGAUUUUAUGAAUGAAAGGAAAUUGAUGGAUCUGCUCAACAGUUCUGACUAUGUACCUACCUAUGAAGAUAAGGAUGGGGACUGGAUGCUCGUGGGAGAUGUACCCUGGGAGAUGUUUGUUGAUUCAUGCAAGCGUUUACGCAUAAUGAAAGGAUCAGAAGCCAUUGGACUUGCGCCAAGAGCCAUGGAGAAAUGCAAGAGCAGGAGCUGAAAUAUUGGUUCAGCAGACUCAAAAAUGUUGAUGAAGCAGCUGUUAAUUAAUUUCCAUGUGUCUGUAUGUGAUAGUAGUAUAUAUAGAUAAUUCAAGAAAAACAUCUUUGGCAUUUGUAAUGGACAAGAAGCAAUAAACAGAUCUGGCUUGUUUAUUACUAAUGAGCUUUGUUUAAUUAUGUCC